UGGAUUAAUAGACCGGUGUCUUGGGCUCAUGGGAGACGGAACAAUUUGAAAAGCUUUUGGCAAUUCGGCGGCGCCAUGAUCUUCUUUUCCCGCUCGCUCUACCAAAAUUGCGCAUCCAACAUCUUCUUUUAAUUGGAGACCCACCGGAAACGGAAGAAAUCCCCGCAUAAGCCUCUCGCACCACGACAAUCCAGCAUUCCUUCAUUUCGAAUCUGAGAGCCUCCACGACCUAGCUGCAUCCUUCCUUCCUCCGAGCUCGUCGCCGGUCACUUUGGAUGGCCGCACCACCGGAGGGGAACGCCCGCUUCGGCGAGGGGACGGCCGACGUGCUGGAGCCGCAGCCGCUGGAGGUCAUAGCGCCGGAGGUCAAGGCCAAGAAACGCAACCCGGCGCCCGGAGUCCGGGUUGUUGGUCGCCGGAUCUACGAUCCAGAGAAUGGCAAGACCUGCCACCAGUGCCGCCAGAAGACAACGGACUUCGCAGCGGCGUGCAAGCAAGUCAAGAAGAAGGGUCCGUGCCCAAUCAAGUACUGCCGCAAGUGCCUCCUUAACAGGUACGGCGAGAGUGCCGAGGAGGCGGCCAGCAAGGAGGACUGGAUCUGCCCUAAGUGCAGGGGCAUCUGUAACUGCAGCUUCUGUAGAAAGAAGAAAGGCGAGAUGCCAACUGGGAUAAUGGCCCACAUCGCCAAGGCUUCUGGGUGCACCUCUGUCCAUGAUCUCCUUGAGAAGGGGUCAGAUGUGGUGGCUGCUGCGCAAGCGAUACUCAAGGUUAAUGCUAGUGACAAGCAGGGCACAAAGAGAUCCCAAGGGACAGAUGCUGCUGAUGAGGUGGCCACUGAAAAGGAUGUAAAUAUAGGCAUUGAUCUCAAUACAGUUCCAGCAGAUGAAGGGGAUGAAAAUAUAGGUGUUGAUCUCAACUCACUUCCUUCUGUUCAUAUCAAGAAAAGACAGAAGCUUAAGCACAGGGCAAAGAAGGAUCCUGCUGAUGAAACGUCACAUGGUGGAGUCAAUAGUGAACCAUUGCAGAUGGAUGAGAACCCUGAUUCGCUCAAUAGUAACACUGUGCUACCCAGGGGUACCCCAGUCACAAACAUUGCAGGUGCACAACUUGACGAUGAGGAUGUUGGGGCUGCAAUUCAGUUUCUAGAAUUCUGCCGUGCAUUUACAGAGAUUUUUCAAAUAAAGAAAGGGCAACCAGAAAGAAUUCUUCAAGAUUUAGUUGGAGGCCGUGAACUUCGGUUGGUGUCCUCAGUUGUUGCUGGGUUUCACAUAAAUUUGUUAUCUGUCAUUCGAGAAGGAAGGGGGAAAAAGCCUCUGGCUUAUACAAGAGAUAGGGAUGCAUGGGUAAUUGAUGUUGGCAAAUAUAUAAGUGAAUCCGCAUUUAUAUCAAAAGGAUUUCCUCUCAACUAUAUCAAUCAGGGGAUAUCAGGAUAUAAAAACUUGAGCCCUUCUUGUAAGCUGCGUGUUCUGAAUUUUCUUUGUGAUGAGACCCUCUCUACUGACAAGCUGAGGAACUGGAUUGACAUGCAAAAUGACAUAGCUGCUGAACCAAUGAAUGCUGCUAGAGAAAAAGCUCGUGCUGCAAAAGAAAUGGAAAAGGAGCUAAAGGAAAGGCUAAAGGACAACGUGGAUAAAACAAUGCUUUCACCAAAUGAAGCAGCAGCCUUUAGCAGUGAAGAAAAUAAGUAUCUUCUUUCCCAAAUAAAGGAGGCACAGGAAGCCAAGCGUGCAGCCAUAAAUGGUAUGGCAACUAUGGAGAAGCAAGGAGGUCUUUGGACCAAGCCUCUGAUGGUAGAGAAAGGAGUAGCAUAUUGGAAGCUAGAUGGUUACUGUGAAAACUCAGCAAUAUUGCUUCAAGAGUAUGGUGAUGAUGAAUUAAUGGCAAAUAAAGACAAGUGGUUUAUGUUUACUGAAGACGAAGAGAAAGUAAUUGAAGAACAUGUAGCCACAGGGUCCAGACAUAAGAUGAGGAAGCGUAUUAGAGUAUAGUGUUCUACUCAUUUGAGUCUCUGGAUUCUUGAACUCAGUGAAGGUGGAUUGGCUAUGCCUUAGGUUGCCUUAGUUGAAGCUUGAAGGUUGCCUUAGGUGGAUAGGCUUUUUGCUACAGAAAAAAGGUUGUACAAAUAGACAGGAGCCAAGCAUUUGAAAACUUGCCAUAUUUUGGCUGCAUGAGAACACAGGCAAGGUUAUGUAUGCAGUUUCGCAGUACCGAUUAAGGCAGAAGUUUGCCGUGAGCUGCUUUACGUUAAAAAGUAGCGUUGUAUUUGAAUUUGUCAUGUUGCAGUUACAACUGUUGUAAUCGGUAUUUCUUUGGUAAUCUGUAGCAACAACUAAAUAUCGAUAUGGCUUUUGCAUUUUUGUUAGCUCAACAGCUUACCCCAGUUUCAUAUAUCCUGAAAUAAUGUUUGCUAAUGUUUUAGAU